UUGUUUUCAUCGCGUUUGGGUCGGCAGCGGACGAAUUUUUGCUGCUUGCGAAGCCAGAAAAUAAAUUAAAGUGCAAUAAAAUGUGUUUCAAGCAAUUCCGAUGGUCACGCGAACAACAACAACACGCCGCGCUAUAGAUUUAUAAUCGGAUUUGGUUAUCUGCGAGUUGCGAAAGCCAUAGUUCGAAAUGCAAAAACAAUACGCGAGUGGAAAUUUCGAUUUUUGUAUUGUUUCUUUCCAUGCCUGGAACGCUUGUGCAAGUAGGCAUUAAUCGACUUUAACGAUUAUUAGUAUUAGCGAUGCAUUUGGGUGGGAAAUACAAAUAAUUUAAUUGUUUAUUUGAGCGUGAGGCGGCUUGCCAAAUUUAUCGCUCACUUUCUGCAGUUUCGACUCUCUUCUUUACGCGCCUUUCAUUCAGUCCCGCGUGUGUGUGGGUGUGCGUGUUGAGUGACGUAAACAAAUGCAAAUUUUAAAAAAUGCGAUUGUCGAUUCACGUGCCAAAAAAAUAAAAACAAAAGAAAAUAAGCGGCAAAGAAAACAACUCAAGUAGAAGCAAAUUGACAAGAGAAUAUUGUUAUCGGCUCUCUGUUUUGUGCCCCGUAUUCGUUGCAUUUUCUGGCUCAGCUGUGCAAUUUUGCCUUGGUGUUGGUGAGCGCAACACGUUUGUGUGCGAGUGGGAGAGAGCGAGCGAGUGAGCGCGCGAGAGUGUAACUCCUCCGCCAGCGUCCCUGCCGCAGUCGACGUCGGCAGCGUGCGUCAUUGAGGCGACAGAUCAAAGCAGAUUAAACGGACAAAAAUUUGUAAGCAUAUAAGAAGACGACCCACUGGAGGGAACGGCAGUCAAUGUCUGAUUGUGAGUGGACAGUCUGGAACUGGGUCUCUUCCGUCUUUAUAUGACUGAUAAUGGCCGUCUGGGCUGCCCAAAACCACAAUUGCAACAACAGUGCGCCACAAUGGCUAAACAAAAUGAGUAUUUGAAAAUUUGGAAACAUAUCAAGUGGCGAAAUGAAAAGUAAACAAAGCGAACAGAAUAUUAUAAAAACGAAAAACGAGAUUUAUGCGAAAGAACGUAAAAAAACACACACAUAUUUAUAGAAUACACUGGACAACUGAAAAUAAACAUUCAUGCAACGCAAUCGAAGUGCCAUAGUGAAGCGCGAGUGUUUGAAAUUUGUUCGCUCUAUUAAGUCAAUAUAGGAAUCAAGCAACAUAUCGCCAAUUAUAUAUAGAUAUAUAUAUAUAUAUAGAGUACCACCGAGCAGUGAGGCAGAGCGGCGGCAAUAUGACAAUAUCGGGAAGCAUUCAACAUAAUAACAAUGCAAAUCGAAAAUAUGAAAAACUCAUUAAGCAGCCGCAGAUGCAAUUCGGAACGUCCGUGACCGGAACGCAAACGGAUGUGGAUUCCUGCCGAGUUGCGGAUGCGAAUGUGAAUGUCGUCGGCCAGGACUUUAGCAAUUUCAAUAAGCAUUUCGGCAAUGGUCAUGUCAUCACAGAUCGCACCAUGCUGCUUUUGCCUUUGGAGGACGAUGUCGCCAACGCCGCCGGCAUUGUCACGUACAAGGGUAAAUCGAAUGGGAAUGGGAAUGGAAACGGGAAUGGAAACGGCAGUCCUACCUCAUCAACGUCAAUUGGCAUGGCUGGGAGUAGUAGCACCAAUCACCUGGCAGGUGGAGGACUCGGUGGCUCAGAGCCUGCCGGUUGGAUGUGCCAUUGUUGUAAUUUAAUUGCACGACGCUGCUUUGGCAUCAACGUGCGACGCUGUGUCCUCGCGCUCCUGGCCAUUACGGUGGUUAGCAUUUUCUACUACACGCAUUAUGUCGAUACGGGCGUGUUUAAUGGUCUCAUCCAACGCGACACUCAUCCCGCUCCCAUCAUCAACUGCCGCAUGAUCAACUCGGGCGGCAAGCACAUCCGGGAUGCCUCACCAGCGCCCGACCAUCGGUCCGAGGCUCGAUUACGGAUCGAUCCCAAGGUCCUCGUUUUCGUGGAGACCACAUAUUCCGGACUGGGCAGGGACAUUGCCGAGCUGCUCGUCUACAAUCGAAUCAAAUAUAAAAUCGAAGUGGCGGGCAAGAGCCUACCAGUUCUCACCAAUCUGGAUAAAGGCCGUUAUGGCGUGAUUGUGUUCGAGAACCUGGACAAAUACCUCAAUAUGGACAAGUGGAACCGGGAGCUGCUGGACAAAUAUUGUCGGGAGUAUUCCGUGGGAAUUGUGGGUUUCGUGAGCCCCAGCGAAGAAACCCUAGUGGGCGCACAACUCCGGGACUUUCCGCUGUUCGUAAACACGAAUUUAAGACUUAGGGAUGCCAGCUUGAAUCCCUCAUCAUCAGUGCUCCGAUUAACCCGCGCAGGCGAAACGGCAUGGGGAGCUUUGCCGGGAGAUGAUUGGGCGGUUUUCCAGCAUAAUCACAGUACCUAUGAGCCCGUGGAGUGGGCCCAGAGAAACACUCAAGAAUAUCCAGCGGACAGUGUGGGUCAGGUGCAACUGCCAUUGACUACUGUUCUGCAAGAUCGCGGUCAGUUGGAUGGCAUACAAAGAGUUCUCUUUGGCAGCAGUUUGCGUUUCUGGCUGCAUCGACUGGUCUUCCUGGAUGCCCUGAGUUAUCUAAGUCAUGGUCAACUUAGUCUGAAUCUGGAGCGCAUGAUUCUCGUGGAUAUAGAUGAUAUAUUCGUUGGCGAGAAGGGCACAAGGCUGCGACCAGAUGAUGUUCGAGCACUGAUAGCGACACAGAAAAAUAUAGCAGCCAUGGUUCCUGGCUUCCGGUUCAAUCUGGGAUUCUCGGGAAAGUACUACCAUCAUGGCACGAGGGAGGAAAAUCUGGGAGAUGAUUUCCUGCUGCAGAACGUGCAGGAGUUCAACUGGUUUUCGCACAUGUGGAAGCACCAGCAGCCACAUCUAUAUGAUAAUUUAACCCUCCUGAUGGCAGAAAUGCACUUAAACUACGCCUUUGCUGUGGAUCACAAUAUUCCCACGGAUUCGGGCUACUCCAUAUCACCACAUCAUUCAGGCGUCUAUCCCGCCCAUGAGCUACUCUAUUUAGCAUGGAAGAAGGUGUGGAAUGUGAAGGUUACGUCCACCGAAGAGUAUCCUCAUUUGAGGCCAGCCCGGUUGAGAAGAGGAUUCAUUCAUCGCAAUAUAAUGGUGCUGCCCAGGCAGACGUGUGGAUUGUUCACCCACACCAUGUACAUUGAUCGCUAUCCGGGGGGUAGGGAUAAACUAGAUGAAUCUAUACAGGGUGGAGAACUCUUCCAGACCAUUGUGUAUAAUCCCAUCAACAUCUUCAUGACGCACAUGUCCAACUAUGGAUCGGAUCGGCUGGCCCUGUACACAUUCCAAUCGGUUAUCAAGUUCCUGCAGUGCUGGACCAAUCUCAGGUUGGCCUCAGCUCCGCCCGUUCAGCUGGCCGAGAUGUACUUCCGGCUGCAUCCCGAGGAGGUGGAUCCCGUGUGGGGGAAUCCGUGUGAUGAUGUGCGGCACAAGAAGAUCUGGUCGAAGACCAAGAACUGCGACUCGCUGCCCAAGUUUCUAGUGAUUGGACCGCAGAAAACGGGCACCACUGCUCUGUAUACAUUCCUAUCCAUGCACGGCAGUGUUGCGAGCAACAUCGCUAGUCCCGAAACCUUCGAGGAGGUUCAGUUCUUCAAUGGCAAUAACUAUUAUAGGGGGCUGGACUGGUAUAUGGACUUCUUUCCCUUGGAAACAAUGCCGAACACAAGUUCACCGAUGCCCACGCAGCUGGGAUCGCCACGCUUUAUGUUCGAAAAGAGUGCUACUUAUUUCGAUGGCGAAGCUGUGCCAAAGAGAACCCAUGCCCUACUUCCGCAUGCCAAGAUUGUGACGAUCCUGAUAUCUCCGGCAAAGAGGGCCUACUCCUGGUACCAACAUCAGCGAUCCCACGGCGACGUAAUAGCCAAUAACUAUAGUUUCUAUCAGGUCAUAACGGCAAGUGACUCGGCACCGAGGGCACUGAAGGAUCUGCGCAACCGAUGCCUGAAUCCGGGCAAGUACGCCCAGCACUUGGAGCACUGGCUGGCCUACUAUCCCGCCCAGCAGCUGCACAUCAUCGACGGCGAACAGUUGCGCCUGAAUCCCAUCGAUGUGAUGAACGAGCUGCAGCGCUUCCUGAAAAUCCAGCCGCUGCUCGAUUAUUCAAAUCACCUGCGAUACGACGUGAAGAAGGGCUUCUACUGCCAGGCCGUCAGCGAGAAGCGCAAUAAAUGCCUGGGAAAGUCCAAGGGCCGUCAGUAUCCGACGAUGGAUGAGCGCAGUGCCAAGCUGUUGCAGCGAUACUAUCUCAAUCACAAUACGGCGCUGGUGAAGUUGCUCAAAAAGCUCGGCUCGCGGCCAAUACCGCAGUGGCUCAAAGACGACCUGUCCACGGGCACGUGAUAGCAGCUGUUCGGUGGAGGAGGUGGUGGCGUUGGCGGUGGCAUAGGAGGCAUUAAGUAUCGCAAAUUGCGGGCAAAACUCAGGAAGCAGUUGCAUUGGCUGCAUUUGGCGGCCGAAAAUGCAGAAAGCGUUCAGCGGAGGCGACGUCACAACUGACAGGAUGAAAAUGAGGCGGAAAAUCAAUGGAAAAACUACCAGACCUAUUCUAAUUUUCACUUUCGGCAAGCUUUUGCCAAUGCUAACUUUACAUGAAUCUAACGUUUGAUAUCAAUAUUGCAUAAGCUGCUUUAACAAAUCAUUGAAUAAAUAAGCCGUUUUGUUUGAAUAUGUUUAGAAGUAAAAAUAAUUUAUAGUUUAAACUUUAAACUUUAAACAAACGAAGUUUCUAUUUUUUACAAAUAAGGCGAAUUUUACUUAAACUUUUAUAUUUUUGAUUUAAAAGAAAUUUAUUAUUCCCUAUUUUAACUAUGAAAACAUUAAGUUUCAAAAAAAAAUUUUGUGGAAGUGCAGUUUCGCAAAAACUUUUGCCGAAAGUGGAAAACAGACAAGGCCCUGCUCAUAAACAGCUUAAAAACAGCUGCUGUAGAAACAAGAUAAAUUAAUAAGGAAAAAAAUAACAUAAUUAAUCGCUUUUAACAUGCAUAAAUCUUUUUUUGUUUGUUGCUAUUGCAGCUAAUUAAUGUCACUGCAGUUGUCAGCUGAUGUUGUACAGUGUGUGAGUGCGUAUCUGUGUGUUUAUCUGUGAACGUUGUGUAAAUAGGCGUGUGUAUGGAUGCUUGCGCAUUAUAAAUUAUCAUAAAUAAUAUCAUGAGGCAUCAUGAAUAAAUGCAUAAAUGCGCUUUGUUAGUUGUUUAAUGUUUAUUAGUUGAUAAUGGCGAAUUAAGCGCCUAAUUAAGUUUACGCAUAAUCCAGCACUUUCGUUAUUACCUCAGACAUCGAAUCAGCUCUCCGCAUCCUAAAGACUCGAUCAAAUAACAUUUGACAACUCUAAACACACAUAACUACCACAUACUAUCCACAUGGCAGCUGCAACAACUCCUGUGUACUCUAGCAUUAAAUCCAUGCCAAAACUGUAUGUUCGUUCCAGCAGUUAACGAGUGCUAUAUAUAUAGAAAAACAACACACACAUUUCGGAAUAGUACGUUAAGCAUAAGGCUGCCUCUAUAACCCCUAAGUGUAUUAUAGAUGUUUUUAGCCUAAGCCUAGUGAGUAGACCUAAAAUGCGCUUGUCACAGGCCUCGAUGUAAAACUGUAAAACUCUAAUUGUAUUUUUAACGCAGCACUAAGCAAAGCUCUAUUGUAUAGUUGGAUAUAUGCGUAAAUGUAUGAGAACUAGUUCAAGUUUAGAUUGGUAAUGCGACAAUAAUAAAAGCGAACAUUAUUGCAAGUGUAAAAUGGAA